CUUGUCUCGGUCUCCACGCCGGGAGCCUCCGUGCGCGCUCGUCCCGCGGGGCUGGGCCUGCGAGCCGCGCUCCCCUCCGCUCCCCUCCUCGCCCGCGGGCUCCGGGGCUGAAGCGGUGUCCGAUGAAGAAUAUCAGUGGAAAGCCCCCUUUUACUUCAUUCAAGGAGCAGAUCCUCAAUUUGGGCUGAUGAAAGCCUGGGCAAUUGGUGACUGUGACAGUGGAGGUGAUGAAUGGGAAGAGGAGAUCAAAUUAACAGAGCAAGCUGUACAGGCCAUUAACAAGCUAAAUCCCAAACCCAAGUUUUUUGUAUUAUGUGGUGACCUCAUACACGGCAUGCCAGGAACUCAGUGGCGAAAGGACCAAGAGCAAGAUUUGAAGAAUGUUCUGAAGAAGGUUGACCAAGAUAUCCCGUUGGUAUUUGUCAGUGGAAAUCAUGAUAUUGGCAAUGCUCCAACACCAGAAACUAUAGAUGAUUAUUGCAAGCAUUGGGGCGAUGACUACUUCAGUUUUUGGAUUGGAGGAGUUUUCUUUCUUGUGCUGAAUUCUCAGUUAUACUUCAAUUCUUCUAAAUGCCCUGAGUUAAAGCAGGCCCAAGAUGAAUGGCUCAAUGGGCAGCUGGCUAUUGCUGAAAAACAGAAGUGUAAACAUGUAAUUGUAUUUCAGCACAUUCCUCUAUUUCUAAAAGACCCUGAUGAGGACCACGACUACUUUAACUUAGAGAAGUCAGUUCGGCACAACAUCAUGGAAAAGUUCCAGAAAGCAGCUCAAGCAAGUUUUCCAGCCUGCACCGCAACCAUCUUCAGUGCAUUAAAGCUGUGUUUUCUGGCCACUGCCAUAAGAAUGCUGGCGGAUUCUACAAAGGCCUAGAAAUGGUGGUUUCAUCAGCAAUAGGAUGUCAGCUGGGAGAAGAUACUCACGGGCUUAGAGUGGUCAUUGUCACAGAGGAAGACAUUGUUCACAGAUACUACAGUUUAAAUGAACUGAGUAACCAAGGGAUAGGUAAGGAUCUACUG